GGAGAAGGACGAGGCGCUGGAGGAGAAGCUGAGGAACUUAACUUUCCGGAAGCAGGUCUCUUACAGGAAAGCAAUCUCCCGGGCAGGCCUCCAGCAUCUGGCUCCUGCACAUCCCCUCAGCCUUCCUGUGGCAAAUGGUCCAGCAAAGGAGCCCAGAGCGACUCUGGACUGGAGUGAGAACGCCAUGAACGGGGAGCACCUGUGGCUGGAGACCAACGUCUCAGGCGACCUCUGCUACCUGGGAGAGGAGAACUGCCAAGUCCGAUUUGCAAAAUCCGCUCUCAGGAGGAAGUGUGCAGUCUGUAAAAUCGUGGUCCACACUGCCUGCAUCGAGCAGCUAGAAAAGAUUAAUUUCAGAUGUAAACCAACAUUUCGGGAAGGGGGCUCGAGAUCACCAAGAGAAAAUUUUGUGCGUCAUCACUGGGUGCACAGGCGCCGGCAGGAGGGAAAAUGUAAGCAGUGUGGUAAGGGCUUCCAGCAAAAGUUCUCCUUCCACAGUAAAGAGAUUGUGGCUAUCAGCUGUUCCUGGUGCAAGCAGGCGUUUCACAAUAAGGUGACCUGCUUCAUGCUGCAUCACAUUGAGGAACCCUGCUCCCUGGGGGCCCAUGCUGCUGUUAUUGUCCCACCCACGUGGAUCAUUAAGGUGAAGAAACCUCAGGUGAUCUCCAUACCAGGAGAUGAACUUGAACUUGGUUGGGCGGGAGACGGACCUGGUUGGGCGGGAGACUGGAGCCCCUCAGAGAAUUUGGGAUUCUUCCAUUUUUACUGGGAGGGUUGGCAGAACUCCCUGAAGGCUUCAAAUCGGAAGAAGAAGAGAACAAGUUUUAAAAGAAAAGCUAGUAAAAGGGGAACUGAACAGGAAAACAAAGGCCGUCCUUUUGUGAUAAAGCCCAUCUCUUCACCUCUCAUGAAACCCUUGCUUGUAUUUGUGAACCCUAAGAGUGGAGGCAACCAGGGAACCAAAGUCCUUCAGAUGUUCAUGUGGUACCUGAAUCCACGACAAGUCUUUGAUCUUUCUCAGGAAGGGCCAAAAGAUGCACUUGAGUUGUAUAGGAAAGUACCAAACCUGAGAAUUCUGGCCUGUGGUGGGGAUGGAACGGUGGGCUGGAUUCUUUCCAUCCUGGAUGAACUGCAGCUGAGCCCCCAGCCUCCUGUGGGGGUUCUUCCUCUGGGGACAGGGAAUGACCUGGCUCGGACUCUCAACUGGGGAGGGGGCUACACUGAUGAACCUGUUUCUAAGAUUCUAUGCCAAGUAGAAGAUGGGACAAUUGUACAACUUGAUCGCUGGAAUCUCCAUGUGGAAAGAAACCCAGAUUUGCCUCCGGAAGAACUUGAAGAUGGCGUAUGUAAGCUCCCUCUGAAUGUUUUCAAUAAUUACUUCAGCCUUGGAUUCGAUGCUCAUGUCACACUGGAGUUCCAUGAAUCCAGAGAAGCAAAUCCAGAGAAAUUCAAUAGUCGUUUUCGAAAUAAAAUGUUCUAUGCUGGGGCAGCUUUUUCUGAUUUCCUACAGAGAAGUUCUAGAGAUCUAGCCAAACAUGUUAAAGUUGUUUGUGAUGGAACAGAUCUCACCCCAAAGAUUCAGGAACUGAAGUUCCAGUGUAUAGUAUUUUUAAAUAUACCCAGAUAUUGUGCUGGCACAAUGCCAUGGGGAAACCCGGGAGAUCACCAUGACUUUGAACCUCAGCGUCAUGAUGAUGGCUACAUUGAAGUCAUUGGAUUCACGAUGGCCUCUCUGGCUGCUCUGCAAGUUGGGGGCCACGGAGAAAGGCUACACCAGUGUCGGGAAGUCAUGCUUUUGACUUACAAGUCCAUCCCCAUGCAAGUGGACGGGGAGCCAUGUAGGUUGGCCCCAGCUAUGAUUCGGAUCUCCUUGAGGAAUCAAGCCAACAUGGUACAGAAGAGCAAGAGGAGAACGUCCAUGCCUUUACUCAAUGAUCCCCAGUCUGUCCCAGAUCGUCUGAGGAUCCGCGUGAACAAAAUCAGUUUACAAGACUAUGAAGGAUUCCACUAUGAAAAAGAGAAACUCCGGGAAGCUUCCAUUCCUCUGGGUAUUCUAGUUGUCCGUGGAGACUGUGAUUUGGAGACUUGCCGUAUGUACAUAGACCGCCUACAGGAGGACUUGCAGUCAGUUUCUUCUGGUUCCCAGAGAGUUCAUUACCAGGACCAUGAAACCUCCUUCCCCAGGGCUCUCUCAGCUCAGAGGCUGUCUCCCCGAUGGUGCUUCCUAGAUGCAACUUCUGCAGAUCGCUUUUAUCGAAUAGACAGAUCUCAGGAACAUUUGCACUUUGUGAUGGAGAUUUCCCAAGAUGAGAUUUUUAUUCUCGACCCAGAUAUGGUGGUGUCGCAGCAGGCAGGGACACCUCCAGGCAUGCCUGACCUGGUGGUGGAGCAGGCCUCUGGGCUGUCAGACUGGUGGAAUCCUGCCCUGCGGAAACGCAUGCUGAGUGAUAGUGGCCUGGGAAUGAUAACUCCCCACUAUGAUGACGAAGAUAGGAAAGAUCUCAGCCAUUCCCGUGUGCUACAGUCACCAGUCUCUUCAGAAGAUCAUGCAAUUUUGCAGGCAGUAAUAGCUGGUGAUCUUAUGAAGCUAAUAGAAAGCUAUAAAAAUGGCGGCAGUCUGCUAAUUCAGGGACCAGACCACUGUUCACUCCUUCACUACGCAGCUAAAACCGGCAACGGGGAGAUUGUGAAAUAUAUCCUUGACCACGGACCUUCUGAGUUAUUGGAUAUGGCAGACAGCGAAACGGGUGAGACGGCGCUGCACAAGGCUGCCUGCCAGCGGAACCGGGCCGUGUGCCAGCUUCUGGUGGAUGCGGGAGCAUCUCUGAGAAAGACAGACUCCAAGGGUAAGACACCGCAAGACAGAGCACAGCAGGCUGGGGACCCAGAUUUGGCUGCUUACCUAGAAAGCCGCCAGAACUAUAAGGUCAUCGGCCAUGAGGACCUGGAGACUGCUGUGUGACCAUGGUAGAUGAUCAGAGCAAACGUGAGCAAGCAUAUGACCUGCGUCCUCCCGGCCACUGGGCAGCUCUCGAGGAUGAAGCUGAUGGAAUCCAUAUGUCUCUCUCCUGCAAGAAUCUCUGAGACCAUGCCACCAGUUUUUAAGGGCUACCAGGAUGUACAACAGAACAUGAUAGCUCAUUGAGAAGGAGGCAGGCUACCUGGAGAUUUGUGGAGUACGAGUUCCACAAAAUUUGAUCCUUAUUGCUUCCAGCAAGUAGCAUGAACUUUUGUGUUCUCCGGUAUAAUUUAUUUUAAAGAUUCAAAGGAUGUUUGUAUAAAUGACACUGUUCCCCCCUCCCCCUACACAUCCAUCUUUCUCCUUUAUCACACAAUUCUACUGUAAUUACUCAUCAGCCUAAAAUUUAUUAUAUUAUCUCUUCUCUUUACAUUCAGUCUUUGAAGACCACAAGAUUGUCUGACAGUCUUUUAAAUCCCUCUGGAUGUCCUGCAGAAAUACAACUGUAAAACCAUUUCCAAGACUAAAUAGACCAAGACCACUCAGUGACUCUUCGCAUGUCCUGUCCCCCCCCACCCACCCCGUUUCAUUAUGGAAGAGCUGGGAAGUGCCUCAUGGCUAAUGUCAACUUGUGCGUUCUAUCUCUGAGGUCAUGCGAGGUGGCAUGGGAGCUGUCUGUACUUGGAGGUACCUCAGAGAGGUUACCCAAGGUCGGGUUACCCCUCGGCUGCCUGGGCCAUUGCCGCGAGCCAUGCAGGUCUGGUUCAGCUUGGGCUGUUUGUACAGCUCCGUACUGCCUAUGUGUAGCCAUCUUUGCCUUUUGGUGCAAUAGAGAUGAGCAAAGGAUUAGACAAAAGCCCAUAGCUAGUCCACUCAAUUUUAAGUCUUGUUUAAAUUAUAGGACAGAAGCUUGUCUGGGAACUGUGGAUACAGGAAGUGAAGCAAUCUGAUGAGGUUUACAUCUAGUCUUGUUGAAUUAUAAUAGAAAGAAACCUGAUCAACUUGGAAAAAAAAUAAAAGCAAAAGCAAAAGUAACAGCAUAUGUUAAGAUAAUACACUUGUGCAAGAAGCAGUCACUGGAAUUUUACACAGAGGUUAAUAACCAUAGUCUCUUGGUUAUCAUGCAGAGAGGGUCUCAUUGUGGGUCUUCGUUCAGAUUUUUGGUUUUUAUUAUUUCAAAGAUUGUUUGCCCCGAGGACCAAGUCUCAUUUAAUGAAUCCUACUGCCAGAUUUGCAGGAUGCCUGGAUCUUUCUAAUGAAUGCUGUACCUAUUGCUUUUCAGUUUCUGGGGUCAUGUCUGAUAAUUCCAUUUUCCAUAUAUGGGCUAGUCUAAUAUAUUCCUUUCUUGACUUUGUUUUUCCCGAUCAGAAAUUUCUUACUACAAACCACUAUAAAAGUCUAACCAGCAAUCUCUUGUCUGGUAGUGGAAUUGCCCUGUCUAAUCAUGCCAUGGAUCAGAUGGGACUUGGUGAUAACUAAAAUAUCAAGAGGAAAAAUAUUCUUUUUGUCCAAAUGUUGAUUCAGUAUAAAACAAAAAUAAAAGUGAGUUUUCAAGGGUUUUGUUUUUUGGCUAAAUCUGAUGUCUCCUGAGCUUCCUUCCAUUUUGCUCUUGGACACAGCAAAAUCAUUUCCUUAUUUUUUCUGCAUGUGAUCAUAAAUGAUAAUUUCUCUACAUUUAUUUUAAAGGCCCAGUAGUGACACAUUGUUUAUCUGAAUCACAUGUCGGCAGUACAUCAUCAUUUUGAAAGUGCAGAUAUGAUACACUAUGUUAAGUCAGAACAGCCUUUCAGGGGUUGGGGUUUUAUUACGACAGUCUCUCCAUAGUCACUUCAAACCCAAAUUGUUGGCAUCAUUUCCAGCUGUGGGAGAAGGAGCUGGUUAUGAGUCAUCUGUUGCCAUAUAUCAGUUACAGGACUGGAACUCUUUUUUAGAUUUUACAGUGGGGGAAUGAGGGACUACAGUAGAUUGUUUCCAGAAGCUGAGAGAAUAUAUAGUCCAGGAAAAUUUAAUCACUGGGAUUCUGCUAGGAGUUUUUUAGUUGGUGGAACUGUCAAGGAAAUAUUGUGAUGACAGGAAUGUAAUAUAAUCCUUAGAGCAGACUGGAAUCUGGCUUUGAAUGGUGCCUCUUAGCCUCUGGAUUGAGCCAAACAUUUGGCUUAGCAGCCAGUUACUCAUUCCCACUGCUGGGACAAGGGACUCUGGUUUCACUAAUGACCAUGUCGCAUUUCUCUCUGAAUGCUUCAUGGUAACCGGAGGGAAAUUUUAGAGGAGAGGUGCAUGUGUGCCAGUGUAUAACUACUGAAACAGUCCUGGUGCAUCUGAAAAUGGUUCAAGAAAAGGGAAAAGAGGAAUUAGAGCCUCUGGAUUAUUCAUGGAAAACAACACAUGAUCUAUCUCCUUGGAAUAGCAAGCACCUGCAGGAUUUAGGCUUUCCAGAAUGGAAGGAAGAAAGGAAGGAAGGAAGGAAGGAAGGAAAGAGCACAGAGCAGCCUCACAUUUAAUGUCCUCAGCAUUAAAUCCACCUCCUGUAGCAUUUUUAAUUGGUUGCUAUGUGUGACAGUACUGGGCUUUAGAAAGAGCCAAGAUCAUAGGUCCAGGAGUUUCCAUUUCAGUUUAGGUAGAUUGUAUCCCCUUUGGUAGGCUAUCAAGAGGUAUAGAAGCCAAUGAUCUGGUCCUGGUCAAAAACUCACAUAACUUUAACAGGCACAGACAUACGUACCUGUAGAAAAAUCAUUUUUACAAAGCCAGCUGGGACAGUGCAGCCGGAAGCAGCAGCCUUGCUGGUACUCCUGCCUGUGCAUGGUCCUUCCUGCUGUAGCACUGCCUGCUUUGGAGAUUCCACUUUUGGAUCAGGCUAAUACAGGGAUGGAAGCUGAAGAGUUAUUAAAAGAUAACUUUCUAUAUUUGCAAGCUUAUAUUCUGCUAUUACACCAUUAAUGAAAUAGAAGACAAUCACUGUGGAUUUAUCGCAUUUCAGGACUCAAUAAAGAACAGGAGAAGAUUAAUAAGCCAAGAAGGAACUAAACAUGACUGGGAAUUUUACUUUGAGACUUCUGGUUACCUUUAUAGAGAUGAUGACCGAAAACCAGGACAAGUUCUGAAACAGAUUGAGGCUGACAAAAGCAAGCUAUGGAAUCUGUAACAACUGCUGAAAAACCUGAGAUGCUCUGCUGCUCCACCUCUGUCCCCAGUGGCUCUUGUGCAGAUCUGUCUGUGUUAUGUGAUAUUCAACAGGUACUUCAUUUUCAUCUGGCCAUAGAAAUAGACCUUUCCCCUGAAGAAUCUCCUUAUUUGCUAGAGUCUUCAUUACCUUAGAAAAUGUGGGGCAGCCAUUUCAUUUCUUUAUGUUGUCAAUUUACUAACAAUAUUUAGACUUUUUUUAGUUAUGAAACAAGCACAGGCCUUUUACAAAAGGUUCUAAUACCACAGAUGAGUACCACAUGCGACAGCAUGGCAUCUCUUUGGUCUGGUGUCUUUUCGCAGUCCCUAGAGAUAAAUGCUAUUAACACAGAUAAACAUGGUUGUUUGUAAGUUGUGUUAGAAAUACACCAUUCAUACACAUAUGUGCAUGUAGAUGUAUACAUACAUGUUCACACACAUUCAUAUAUAGAAACAUGUUUAUUUGUAUACAUAUAUGUGUAUAUAUACUACAUACAUUCUGCAUAGGUUUAAAAAAGAGUAAAACUUUUAAAAGCAUGCUAAUCAUCUAUGUAUGUAUAGUAACACCAGCAAAACUAGGUAAGGUAACAGAAUUUUCAUUUGAUUUUUGAUCCCACCAUCACUGAAUUUCAUUUUAUCUCUGCAUUGAUGCCAUUGCACAUUUGUUAUAGCCUGUGUCAUAAAAUCCAUGACCAAGAGUUCAUGUUGUGUAUGUUCCUUUCCAUGAAGCAUGAAACCUACCUUUGCUGUAAGACUGGCCCAUCCUGCUUUUGGAUGAGUAGAGAAAGGAGAGUUCUUUCCUCUGUGACUCUCAGACCACACUCAGUAGUUUGUCUAAUGAUAACUGAUGAGGACAAGCUACUGUAGGGAAGGGGUGUCACAUGGAUAGGGUCUGGAGUCUGGGUAGCCAUUACUCAUCUCUUGUUGCACUUUUCUAGUCACAGUGACAGUCUUGUUCCUGGAUGAAUCCUGCUAAUACUGUUAGUAAUUGUGUCUUACAACUGCCAAGAUCUCCCUUGGAUAUUAUAAUCAAAAUGAAUCACAAUGACAUUUCUCCCUGGAGCAAGUGUCCAUGUUGCCCAAAAGGCAAGUGCUUAGCCACUGAUUUGGUCAUCUUAUGGGUUAAGGACAAGCUUGAUUCUGAGAAGUAAUCUAGGAGGGUUAGCACAUUUCUGUUCUAGUCACAUGAGAGGUCACCAUCAUGGCUGAUGUUUCCACAUCAGGUGAAUAAGCAGUAUGCCCUCUUGACAUUACCUGGAGGACUGCUUCUAUAUGUGCUAUACCCUGGGGGCUUCUGUGAAUUUUAGACCAUCUCUCCACAGUUUAAUGAGAAAUGACAACAACAAAAAAGAUGCAAGGACUAGUAGUAACCUGGACAACUUACUCUCCCAUGACAUUGAGAUUCGUUAAAGUGGUCCCAAAAAGAAAGCAGAAAAAUAUAAUUAUUAGGUUAUGAAAACAGAUAUUUUAUACUAGAAAUUUUAAAUUGGGAGAUGUCUUGAUAAAUUUCAGAGUCUUUUUAUACAUGCCUGCAGUCAUUGUGCAUGCAAUCAUAUGUUCAUGAAUUGAUCAUAUUUGCAUGUAUUUAAUCAUUUUUAAUAAAAUAUUUAUUACUCUGAUACAGAGUAUGCUAAGGAUAUAACAAUGAAUGCAAUAGAUAAAAUUCUUGAUUUCACCAAAGUAGCCAUCAAGGAAGCAUGUCGAAUUCCAGUGAGACAAGGUCUGUGCAUGAGAACUUCAACAUCCACUGGAAGUACAACUAAGGUGUUGUUGUAUUUGUCACUCAUUGGUCAACAGUAUUUUAGUUCUAUGAAAACAAUUUCAACAUGUCAAGAAACAACAAUAUUUUGCAUUUAGGUUUUGUUAGUAUUGGUAAUGUCCUUAAGAAUGUAUUUGAAACUAAGACUUUAAGAUGAGACUUUGAAGCACUGCUAGAGUAAGUUCUAAGACUCAUUUAUCACAGAUCUCAAGGACAAAACUAGGAAUAAUAAGCAGAAUUUGCAGUGGGUUUGGAUUAAAUAUAAAAAUGAAGUAUAAAUUGUCAAAGAGUGCAGUGGGCCUCCUUACAGUGUCAUAAUUUUGAGCUCAUGGGGGCAUGUAAGCAGAGGAUAUGAGACCAUUUUUAGUGUGCUUUUAUUGUACGGACCUGUGAUCUCAGGGGGCUGAAAUUAGAUGUUAUUUCCUGUAAAGUUUAUUUUUAAAAUUCCUUUGUUGAAUUGCAGGAUUUCAUUUUAGAAAUUCAUAAAAAUUUUGAUUUAAAAAAAAUCUUUAGAACAUUAUUUUAUACAUGAGAAGCUGUAAAAUCUUAGAGGAAAAUGCCUUUGCUUAUCAUUUAAUAAUUUUAAAACCACCUAAGCAUGAAUUGAGAAGGUAGCAAAAAGAAAACAUACUAGAAGGUUAACUUAAUUCAAAAUACUUCUGGAAGCAUUAUGGAUUUUGAUGAAUGUUCAUAGGCAUUCUCAAGUAAAAUCCUAUUAGAAAUCUGUCCAAUAUGAAAAAGUGCUAUGAUUUGCUAUUUACUAGAGUUCUGUAUAGUCUAAUAUAAUCACAGAAGAAAUUUCUGCAUAAAAGAUAAAGAUCUUUAGAAACCAAGCUAUGUACAUGAAGAGCAAUCAUGGCAAAUGCUCUGGCUUCUGCUACCAGCGUGGUAAUACAAGGAAAUACCUAACCAUGGAAGUAGCAAAAUGCUGUAUCAGUCUUUCUCCCAGCUUCAAAAGUUCCAACAUCUAGAGCUAAAUGACAUCUGAAAUGGAAGCCUUUGGUAGCAGCAACUAUAGAAACUAUCUUGUUUCUCAGUCCGUUGGUGAAACAUGCAUAUAGCUUUCAAUAUAAAAUAGCUUAAGCAACUAAAAUCUAUGCUGUUUAUUAACAAUCUCUAUAAUUUUAAUUGGUAUUUCAAGGCAUUUUUUACAUUUUUGAGCUUUGAUACAACCUCAUAAAGUGCAUACUGCAGAUAAUGCCUUCUAAAUGAAUUAACUGAAUCUCAGAGCCCUGAAUUCAACUUGCACAGAGUCACAUAGCAGGGGAUAAGACUGCAGCUAAAACUGAGGUUGUUAGAAAUUACAGACCAGGGCCAGGGAUUUAGCUCAGUGGUUCUGCCGCCUGCCUUGCGAGCACAAGGUCCCAAGUUCAAUCCCCGGUA